AUGGUCGCCCUCCACAGGCUCGCUGGCCAAGCUGCCAAGCGCCUGUGUCUGCGACCCGCGACCUUCGCCGCUCGCCCGUUCUCGACGACCGCCCUGCGACGAUACGCGACUCCCGAGCCCAUGGGCACCCGUCUGGUGCCUGUCGACGACGACUUCAACACCCCCAAAGAUCCCUACGGCCUCUCCGGCCCGGUCCCUGGCACCGCCAAAAAGUCGCGCGAGAACUCGGUCGAGGACCGCAAGAUCCGACACUACACCGUCAACUUCGGUCCCCAGCAUCCCGCCGCCCACGGUGUGUUGCGCUUGAUUCUCGAGCUCAGCGGCGAGGAAAUCGUCCGAGCCGAUCCCCACGUCGGUCUGCUGCAUCGCGGUACCGAGAAGUUGAUCGAGUACAAGACCUAUAUCCAGGCCCUGCCCUACUUCGACCGACUCGACUACGUCUCCAUGAUGACCAACGAGCAGUGCUUUUCUCUCGCUGUUGAGAAGCUCCUCAAUGUUGAGAUUCCCGAGCGUGCCAAGUUCAUCCGAACCCUCUUCGGCGAGAUUACCCGUGUCCUGAACCAUCUGAUGUCCGUCCUUUCCCACGCCAUGGAUGUCGGUGCUUUGACGCCUUUCCUGUGGGGUUUCGAGGAGCGAGAGAAGCUCAUGGAAUUCUACGAGCGUGUAUCUGGUGCCCGACUCCACGCCGCCUACGUCCGUCCCGGUGGUGUUCACCAGGAUAUUCCCGUUGGUCUCCUCGACGAUAUUUACCAGUGGGCGACUCAGUUUGGCGACCGUAUCGACGAGACCGAGGAGAUGUUGACUGACAACCGUAUCUGGAUUGAGCGAUUGAGGGGUGUCGGCGUCGUGCCCGCUACUGAGGCCCUCAACCUUUCCUUCACCGGCGUCAUGCUCCGUGGUUCCGGUGUGCCCUGGGAUAUCCGAAAGAGCCAGCCUUACGACGCCUACGACCAGGUCGAGUUCGAUGUUCCCGUCGGUACCAACGGUGACUGCUACGACCGAUACCUCUGCCGAAUGGAGGAGUUCAGACAGUCCCUCCGCAUCAUCCACCAGUGCCUGAACAAGAUGCCUGCUGGCCCUGUUCGCGUCGAGGACUACAAGGUCUCCCCUCCCCCUCGUGCUGCCAUGAAGGAGAACAUGGAGGCCCUCAUUCACCACUUCCUCCUCUACACCAAGGGUUACGCCGUCCCCCCCGGUGAGACCUACUCCGCCAUCGAGGCCCCCAAGGGCGAGAUGGGUGUCUACGUUGUCAGCGACGGCAGCGAGCGACCAUACCGAUGCCACAUCCGAGCUCCCGGAUUCGCUCACUUGGGUGGCUUUGAUCACGUCUCCAAGGGUCACUUGUUGGCUGAUGCUGUGGCGGUUAUUGGUACUAUGGAUCUGGUGUUCGGUAAGUGA